UCCCCGCCCUGCUGGCGUUGCCAUGGUAGUGGGUGGUGGGGCAGGCGGGCAGGGCGAGGCCGCGUCCCCGCGGCCGGGCUGGGGCUGCGACUGCUCGGAGCCAGGCUUGUGGGGCCGCAGGAUGGGCUGAGGCGGCGGCAGCAGCUGCCCUGACCAGAACUAGAAACCAGUCUUGAAAAUGGAGAUGUAUGAAACUCUUGGAAAAGUGGGAGAGGGAAGUUAUGGAACAGUCAUGAAGUGUAAACAUAAGGAUACUGGGCAGAUAGUGGCCAUUAAGAUAUUUUAUGAAAAACCGGAAAAAUCUGUCAACAAAAUUGCAAUGAGAGAAAUAAAGUUUCUUAAGCAAUUUCGUCAUGAAAACCUGGUCAAUCUGAUUGAAGUAUUUAGACAGAAAAAGAAAAUUCAUUUGGUAUUUGAAUUUAUUGAUCACACAGUUUUAGAUGAGUUACAGCAUUAUUGUCAUGGACUUGAGAGUAAACGACUGAGAAAAUACCUCUUCCAGAUCCUUCGAGCAAUUGAAUAUCUUCACAACAACAAUAUCAUUCAUCGAGAUAUAAAACCUGAGAAUAUUUUAGUUUCCCAAUCUGGAAUUACUAAGCUUUGUGAUUUUGGUUUUGCUCGGACAUUAGCAGCCCCUGGAGACAUUUAUACAGAUUAUGUGGCUACUCGCUGGUAUAGAGCUCCUGAAUUAGUGCUAAAAGAUACCACUUAUGGAAAACCUGUGGACAUUUGGGCUUUAGGCUGCAUGAUCAUUGAAAUGGCCACUGGGAAUCCCUAUCUUCCUAGCAGCUCUGAUUUGGAUUUGCUUCAUAAAAUUGUGAUAAAAGUAGGCAAUUUGACACCUCACUUGCAGAAUGUUUUUUCCAGGAGUCCCAUUUUUGCUGGGGUAGUUCUUCCUCAAGUUCAGCAUCCUAAAAAUGCAAGAAAAAAGUAUCCAAAGCUAAAUGGAUUACUGGCAGACAUAGUCCAUGCUUGUUUACAAAUUGAUCCUGCGGAGAGGGUGUCAUCUACAGAUCUUCUGAAUCAUGACUACUUUACUAGAGAUGGGUUCAUUGAAAAAAAUAAAAAGUCCCCUACUAUCAACAUGUAUAGAUUCAUACCAGAACUGAAGGCUAAAUUACUACAAGAAGCAAAAGUCAAUUCAUUCAUAAAGCCCAGAGAAUAUUCUAAAGAAAUUGAACCCACUAAAGAAGACAAGAAAACAACCUACAUAAAUACAUUGCCAAAUAAUUCAAUUAUAGGAAAGGAUGUGGACAAGGACAAAAAGACCAAAGAUAUUAAAGUCAGAGCUUAUAAAAUAAAAGGAGGGAAAGGAGAUAUUUCUGACAGUAAAAAGAUAGACCAUGAAGGAGGAUAUUGCCAACGUGACACUUCGGAAAAUUUUCACACUUUUUCUCAAGAUAAACCUGUAACAACCGAAUCACCUAUCCCUGCAAACUUCAACAUUGAUUCUAAUAUGAAGGAAGAUUCCCACACUAGUGGGUGUAUGACCAUGCCACCCAUCAAUCCAAAUAGCAGUAAUUUGACUGCUGCAAAUCCUAACUCACAUUUCACCCACACAAAUACAAGUAAUAAGACAUCUGAAAAAGCUAAGAAGAGAAGGACUUCCUCACAGUCCCUCAUACAAUCUGUGUCUAACAACAAGCAAGAGGAUUCAGGCUUUGUUCAAAAUCAAACAGAGAGGGGCACACUUCAUGAUCGAAUAUCUCAAAAUGAUCAAACAGCAAAUGGGAACAAAAGGAAAUUGAAUCUUACCAGGAAUGACAAGAAAGAGAUCCAUUUCCCAGAGCUGCCUUUCACAAUACAAUCAAAGGAAAUGAAAGUAAUGGAAGUUAAACAGAUAAAGGUGCUGAAGAGAGAACAAAAGAAAACUGAUACAUCUAAAAUACCAACUUUACUUAAUGUGGAUCAAAAUCAGGAAAAACCAGAGGUGCAUCUUAAUAAAAAAAAACUGCAGCUUACAUUAAGUUACAGGAUUUGAUUUGAUCAUCUACUCAACUUUGUGGUCAUUGGUGGUCAUACUUAGCUUUGGUUCAGGCCUUUAGUAAUGAGGAAGAAAAAAUUCCUGAAUUCCUGAUACGGUAAGAUCAUUAUUUCUGGAAGCAUCAAAUAUUGCUGAGCAAUAAAAUAGAACUGACAAGCAUGAAACACAGCUUUUGUUUCUGCACAUGAAACUAUUAGAAGAGCACUUAAACAUACUGUAUAUUUUUAAGUGAUAGAAAAGUGGGAAAACACAAAUGAACACAGUUCUAGGGUCUCCAGGCCCCAUCAGCAUACUAAUCAUUUAGUAGUGUAUAAAUAAUUUAACAAUACUACAUCCAGGGUUUUGACAUCAGAUAAUUUCCAUUCUUAUCCAUAGUCCUUACUAGCUUGGUUUGUAAUUUUAGGAAGGAAAUGCCCAUUGUGAGGGGAAAAAAUUUGAAGAUGAACAGAUUUUUCUCAGGGUAGUGCCUUUGUAUCCAAAUAAUCUUAAAAAGGGAAGAAUUUGGCAACCUUAAUACUAAAAUCCUUUUUUAUUUUGUGUACCAUUGAAAUGUAAUGUGAGCUGCAAAGACAGCCAGUCAUCUGAAUAACACCAAUGAACUCUUUCUGUUUUGUUAGCAAAAAUUUCACUUUUUUCUAUUUGUCCCUUCAGAUGUGAUAUUUUGAAAUGGAAGUAUAAUGUCACCUGUUUUUCUGCUUUUUUUACUUAUUGUGAUUACUCAGUAGGACACAAAUCCUACUAUCUAAUACACACUGUAUUAGUGAUGAUUUGAUUUCUGCCUUCUGAUAAUCACAAAAUCCUAGAAGUCAAAUUCUGUUUUAGGAUGAUCAGGCUUACUGAAAUACAUGUAAUACACUUAGUGAAUAUUUGACCCAUUGUUCUAAAAAAAAAAAAAAACCCAACCCAAAACAACAACCACACAUUACAGUUUCCAUGGAUUAAACUAUAUUCUGGUGUUCAGUAGUAAAGGUGAAUAAAAUAUUUGAAAUAAUAUGGUAUAAAAUCUUAAUGAAAUUCUAGCAUCAUCUUAAAUACUUCCCAGUACAAUUCAAAACUGAGUGAUCUUCCCUUUGACUAUAUAUGAUUUCAUACAGAAUCCUAUUAUUAUUUCACAUAGUAAUUAAUGUAAAAUAUUAUGAAAAUCCAGAGGAAACACACCACCAAAUUUCCUAAAGCAUUAAUAAAAUGAUCUUCUCUGAUGUUUUUUCAGAACUAUAUCUGAUUCUUUAGACAGAUAAUUGAGGUUCAGGAUGAUUCUCACAUAUAUAAAAAUUUAAAUGUGGGGAGUACUAGUAAGAAUUAGUGCUGAUUGCACCAGAUCAUUUGAGACACUGAAAGCAAUGAAAGCACUUGUUCCUACUUCUCCUGACCCGGUUUUGUCACAUACUGAUGAAUGUAAUUAAGGGGGAAGAAUACCAUAUGUUUAAUAAAUGGCCAGAAACUUGCCUAACUUACCCUUUCAGUGACUCCAAAAGCCUAGUUUUAAAUCCACUUGUUUAUUGUAUACCCUUCUAUGGCUGAAACUGAAUUAUAUGUUUUGUGAUAUAGAUCAACAUAAAACUGAUGUGUAACAAAUAGUAAUUAGUGUCUUAAAUUUAUUUAUUAAGCAGUUCAUAAAUAUUGUGUAUGCUUAUAAAAUGAAUUGUUAUAUACUUCUUUGCUUUCUUGGAAUUGUAAAUGAAAGAAUUUUGUAUUCACAGAGGAAAA